AUGUCGCGAGCACUUGACAAGAGUGUAAAAGAAGCUCUUAAGCAUGGCGACCAUCAUCAAGUGUUUCUAGAUAUCUCAGAUGUUCUCACAGAAUCAUCAGAUCAACUUCUUGAGAUUGAGUUACUCGGCAAAAGCCAUGUGCUAGAUCCCAACUCAACAGUACUACGCGAUGAGAAUGCUGUCGCUAUCCCAAAGUUGCGCAUAGUUCAAGCUUUCAUAGUGGCUCAGAAAUUUCACAAAAAGUUCCUGGCAGUGGAUCACAAUGUGUCGAUGAACCAAAUUCGGAGAUCAACAGCAGUUAUGUUGUUGAUGGAUCCAGAGCACUUGACUGCUGCCAACACCAGAAAGAGGCUUGUCACAAAUGAGUCAAAGGACGAAAGUAUCGAGGACAUAUUGCGCUCCGAGAAACACCUGCUGGACAGCCUACUAACCAGUCGUCUUCAUCGGCAUACCAAAUCACCAACAAUAUGGAAUCAUCGUCGCUGGCUCAUGGAACAAUACCGCCUCCAGGGCAAAGAUGUUCCAGUGGAAGAUGACAUCUCUAGAAUCAUCAUGGUAUCUGGCGAACGACAUCCUCGAAACUACUACGCUUGGUGCCAUGCAAGAUAUCUGAUCAGUGCCUUUAUCUUACCAUCAGCAAAGCCCAAAGAUGCUCUGUCCCGAAUUAUUAGGUCAACGCAAAAGUGGUGCUUCUCACACCACAACGACAUAUCAGGCUGGCAGUUCCUGAUAUUCCUGCUCAGUAAGCAUGUUUCCGAGACAUCGCUCGUCUUUCGCGAAACACUGAAGCUUGCGAGCUCGUUCAAGUGGCGCAAUGAGUCUGUCUGGUAUUUCCUCCGAUACAUCGCUGCCUGGGGAGCCACUCCUGCCGAUAUGAUAGAGUUUGAGAAUGUUCGAAGGGUGUUAUUGGAGAGUGCUGCUGAAGAUGAGACUGGGAAACGCACACUUGAAAGAGCGCAGCAAUGGUUAGAGGUCGUUGAUGGAUUCUAA